AUGGUGAAGCAAUGGGUUGAUGAUAUUAUGAAAAAUAAUGAGAUGGUUAAGAAGAAGCUUUGGGAACAUGCCAGCAGCGGUUCGCCGCUGAGAUAUAGCAAUCUUGGUCAUCUGCAAAAUCCUCUCAAGGAUCGUAUCAUGAAUGUUGUUGGAGCGGAAGCCAACGAAGCUGGUGAAUUAGUCACAAGUGAAAUCCAAAAACCCGGCAUCGACAGUAUUACCACAAAUCUUAACGCUGUGAAGAGUGGCAUCGAUCACUUUUCCACCAAGCUUGGCAUGAAACUUACAACCGACCGAAGCGGCGCGCUGAUACAAGAAAUUAUCCAGCCGCUUUCUCAACCAUCCGGUUUACUGCCAAGAACGACAACUUCCAACCCAGCAAGUCUUACUUGUGCAGUCGAAGCGGCUCUAGCAGCCUUGCACGCCACGGCGAAACGGAAUGUCGAUGACAUCAGUACAAUAAUUACGCAAUACUAUCUUGGUAACGUUCAUGAUGCUAUAAGGAAUGUCAACAAAAUCAAUAAGCACAUUGACGGGCAAGGUGACGAAGCAGACGACUACGGCAAGAAAAUAGAUGACGCAUUGAGAAAAGUGCAGCAACCGCUUAACUCGCUCCACUCCCAACUCAACGAGGCAACUGGACACCCCGCCGGCUCAUCCGGCAAACCUAAUCACGCCAAAAACCUGGACGAGGCAAUUGAGGCUGUAAAAAACAAAGCGGUAGAACUAACCACUGGCGAUACAACUGCCAUGGCGACAUUGUCCGACCAAAUAAAAUCUAAUCUCGUGGCUCUGACAGGGGAAUUUGCCAUCGCUGGCAAAAAGGUCAUUGAGCAAUUGGAGAAGCUUAAAAGGGAGAUCUCUUUAAACAAGGAUGGAGAAGGCCUACAUAAAAUACACAAACAACUUAAAGAGCUUCACGGCGUUGCGGUAACUGAGGCCCUCAGUGCUGCUGAGAAAUUCCUUAAACCGGACGCCUACAAACUUCGAGAUGAAACUAUCGAAAAACUCCGGGGACAAGUCGACAAGGAAAUAGAGAACGCUAAAAAGCUAAUGAUCAAACAGGCACAGAAAAUUUACGUGACGUCAGUCAAAGAGAUGCUGAAGGCCUUCGCCGAUAAGGUGCAAAAGGAGCUGCAAGAUUUGCCCAAGCAAAUUGACAAAGAGCGAAAGGAGGGCUUCAAGGGUUUUAUGAGAACCGUUGAAGGCAAAAUUACCGAUAAUGCAACGACUGACGAAAACAUUAAAAAGCUCAAAGAUCUUGCAAGUGAGUCCGCUGACACAGCUGAGCAGAAAGCAACACUCUUCAAAACGCUGUCUACAAAAUUCAAGGAAUUCUUCGGGCCACUAAAGGGGUAUUUGGACACGGAGAUCAUGAGACUCUAUAAAGACAGCAACGCAAAGAAGAAUCCUCCAGUAACAAUUGGAGAUAAGGAUCCACAUCCUUACGCCGACGCACUUGACGCCGUGCAAUCCAAACUAAACACUCUCCUCGACGAACUUCACAACUCCAAUCACUUCACUCACAGUCUCACCAUUAAUCUUGGUAACCUUAGCACCGCACUUAAUAGUUUAGUUCCGACAAAUUUCGAGGGCCCGUGCAACACGCUGCCGGACGUUCUCAAGGUCGGACUGAGAGGGUUCCACGCUGAACUCGAAAAGGCGUACGUGUCGGUGUAUGAUGGUGUUAACUUUGGUGCUUCGUUGACGGAGACUAAAGUACACGCUGAUGGACGUACAUCCGGGAAGUUAACAACGUACGGCACGAAGUGCGCAAAAGUCUUCCUCACACUGCUUUCCAUAUUAUCUGACGACUUAAACGCAUUAAAAACCAUUUGUAAAGGCACAUGUAAAUUUGAAAAGAUUAGCAAAUCCACUACGCUUGGUGAAUUCCUUGCCGAUAACGGUUUUAUUGUAUGCAAGACAGAUAAUCAAGACGGUGAGCUGCGCGGAAAUGAAAAGUUCCGAGGUCAGCAUAUACAUACAAAACUAAAUGAAAACAUUGACGGCGCCGAGCGUAAUCCACAUCUUCCGAAGUGUAAGGAGCAUGAAGAAAGUGAAGAAAUUACACAAGCUCCUGCAAAAAUACAGUUUAAUGUGACAGACAUUCUCGAAUGUCUCGUCAGACACCUCCACCAAUAUAACCGUGUGUCUCACCUAAUUGUCCACCCUAAGCCUAAGCAUCCGUCAUCUAUUUAUGAUAUGCUCACAUGGCUUAGCGGUCUCACUUAUAAUGCCGUAAACAAUGACUUAGCACUUAACGGUUUUCCUCAGCUAUUUGAUAAGCCUAAGAUACCGGCGUCAGAGGACAGCAACAGUGCUGAGCCUGUCGUCCUAGUGGAAGAUGACGACGCUUUAGAGGCAUAUCCAAAGAGGAUCACAGCUACGGGCCUGUCAGACACCCUUGCAGCAGUGUGCCACAAAUCACACGCCGUACUCACCGCAAUCCUUGGGCACGGCCACUCGGGUGGAAUUUAUGCUUGCGACUUCAAUACGAAUCCACAAGGGUUCCUAUAUCCCGCUCACUUUAACGCAUUAGUCUGUAUGCUCUUCGAAUGCCUGAAACGUGUCCACCACCAGCUUUAUCUGUUGUAUCAGCAAUGUAAACACACUUCCAAACUUAGCGGUUGGAGCGAUUGCCAUUACGGUAGAAACGUCGGCGGUUCGUCGUGGAACUGCAACACAAACCAAUGCGCUGACCUAGACUGUCCUCAAAAGGCUGACCAAAGUGCCAACCAAAAUGGUAACCAACGUGCCAACCAAAGCACUAACCAAGCAUGUAAGCAACACCCUAACUGUGGCCUAAAAUCCCCUCUACAAUCCUUCCUCGAAGAUGGUCUCCAGGGGUUCUUGCCACAUAGCGUAACAGUUAGAGGCACCGGCCUCACUUGUUCCACCUGUAGUAAGGGGUCCCCUGGCAUUCCCUGCAGAACUCCAAUGGGCUUCUCGGAAAUAAGCCUCACCGCAUCACACACAAAGACGGGAGCUCAUAUAUGCGAUGUUCUUUACAAAUUCUGCCACAGUGUACACUCUCCCCUAACCAAGUUGUGCAGUCAGCUAAAUUGCGUACUGCCCAGUGCGCCUAAAACGUUGGAUCAGAUGUUUGCGUUUUAUUAUCAUCUGCUCAGUGACCCGUUUAAGAACACGGCACAUAGGACAGAUGCCUUUAAUAAGGCCGUCAUCGCAGCCAAUUUCGACAAUUCAAGCACAACGUUGGACGUUAGCAGUCUGGUCGGCAGCAGUAAUCACUCUGAAAACCAUCUGACAGGUGGCCUCAAUACCCUUGUAAAAUGCCAAGAUAACGGGGGCAGCCCAGUCCAUCCCUGCGGUUCAUACUUGAAGCCGCUUUGCGAUGGUAUAUACGGUGCGGUUUCUAAAGACCACGCUGCCAAAUAUCUCUCUUGGGUGCUAUAUAUAACAGGAACGUUUUAUGAUUUGCUUAAGUCGCUGUAUGAGGAGUGCUGCAGUAAUUGCACUAAGCCGGGAACCACGUGCAAUGGUCGAGGAUGUCACAAGGAGUGCAUGGUUAAAGGAGGAUUCCUAUAUGCGAAAUCAACUCCCAGUCAUUGGUCGGAGUGCAAAUCGAUUGUCAACUGUAAAAUGACACUUCCCACAUUAUGUAAGUAUGGUAUGUAUUUUGCAAGUAAAUCUCACCUGAAUGGAGAGAGAGAUGGAACUGGAAAACGUACAUGUGAAGACUUUUGCAGUACAUUAGAAAAAGUUGUAAAGGAAGGGAACGUAUUGUAUACGUUGGUACAUAAAUUAAUACCAGACUUCCUGUUCAAGAUUCGUGAACCAUUCAUAUGGACACUCUUAGCCCUCUGGUCGCUGUCGCUCCUGUACCUGCUGCACAUCACCGUCGUCCGCCUCGACGUCCUGAGGAUACGCUCCCACCUGAGGUCACCCUCAAGCCACCGCAUCGCCGCGCAAUCGCUACUCGCCGCCGCACGCGUCAAGGCACUCGCCAACGUCAAGUACUUCUCGCCAUAA